CUCUGUUUCUUUUCCGCCUUCCUACUCUUCGAGCUUGCCUUCGUUGUCCUGUCCCUGCCUUUCUGUUUCCUCGUUUCAUAAAAAGAAAAAUUGGGAAGUAAUGGAAAUGAGAAGAGAAGGGCUAGAGGAAUCGAAGGUAGCGGAGCCUUUGAUCGGAAAAGAAGAGCGCCAAAUUUACGAUGGUAGUGCUGGCUCUUCUGGAUUCAGGAGAGUUGAGAAGGAGGGAUCAUCGUCGUCUUCUUCUUCUUCCUCCAUUGCAAUUGUGAUACUCGCUACCUUCAUUGCCGUCUCCGGCUCAUACGUUUUCGGGACCGCUGUUGGGUUCUCAUCGCCUGCACAAUAUGGAAUCAUGAAAGGCCUCGACCUUACUGUUGCAGAGUACUCGGUCUUUGGUUCAAUAUUGACAAUUGGAGCUAUGGUAGGUGCCUCCGUAAGCGGCUGGAUUACAGAUCUCAUCGGUCGAAGAGGUGCAAUGUGUGUUUCAGAUAUUUUCUGCAUCAUAGGAUGGGUUGUUAUACCAUUCUCAAAGGAUGCUUGGUGGCUCGAUGUUGGAAGGCUGUCUGUGGGAUGUGGGAUGGGGCUUCUUUCUUACGUGGUUCCUGUCUACAUAGCGGAAAUAACUCCCAAGAAUCUUAGAGGAGGUUUUACAACAGUGCAUCAGUUAAUGAUAUGUUUUGGUGCAUCCCUUACUUACCUGUUUGGAACUUUCAUGACCUGGCACACCUUGGCGCUAAUUGGAACUAUUCCAUGCUUAGUACAGCUUUUUGGCCUUCCAUUCAUUCCAGAGUCUCCAAGAUGGCUGGCAAAAGUUGGUAAAGGGAAGGAAUCUGAAGCUGCAUUACAGCGUCUUCGAGGAAAGGAUGCUGAUAUUUCUCAAGAAGCAUCUGAGAUCCAUGAGUACACAGAAGCCCUUCGAUGCAUUUCAGAAGCUAGAAUGUUUGACUUGUUUCAGCGGCAGUAUGCUCAUUCGCUUAUUGUUGGAGUUGGGCUCAUGGUGCUACAACAAUUUGGAGGGGUCAAUGGAAUUGGAUUUUAUGCAAGUGCUAUUUUUGUGUCAGCAGGUUUCUCUUCGGGAAGUGUUGGGAGUAUGGCUAUGGUUGCCGUUCAGAUCCCUAUGACCACAUUGGGUGUACUCUUAAUGGAUAAAUCUGGACGAAGGAAACUUUUAAUGGUUUCUGCAGCGGGGACAUGCUUGGGUUGCUUCCUUGUAGGAUCUUCAUUUCUCUUGCAGAACCAUCAAUGGUGGACUGACCAGACUCCUAUAGUGGCGCUUACUGGCAUACUGGUAUAUACCGGAUCAUUUUCACUAGGCAUGGGAGGAAUACCGUGGGUCAUAAUGUCAGAGAUAUUUCCCAUAAACAUGAAGGGAGCAGCAGGAAGUCUGGUUACACUGGUGAGCUGGUUUGGUUCUUGGAUCGUCUCAUAUGCUUUCAACUUUUUGAUGAAAUGGAGCUCUGUAGGAACUUUCUUCAUAUUCUCAAGCAUUUGUGGUUUAACUGUCCUAUUCGUUGCAAAGCUGGUACCAGAGACCAAAGGGAGAACACUAGAAGAAAUUCAAGCCUCAAUGAAUCCAUUCUCCUCAGGAAAAUGUUGAUGUUCUUUGCAGCACCUGAGUUCCUCCCCUUCACCUUUCUUGAGAUUUCUUGUACCUCCCUCAAACUAUUGAAGAUUUAAAACUGAGACUGUUAGCUGUACAAUUCGAAGAAAACCAGUAUACUCUUUUUUUUUUCUUUCUAUAAUGAUGAAAAUAUCCUUGUUAUGAGGGCAUUUUGAU